GUGCAACUGUGUAUCCCCCAUAGUGUCUGUGCGCAGCUUCCUGUGCUGGGCCGCACGUCACUCCGACCUUUGUAUCCAGGAGCAGGUGACAUGACCCUGCUGAGCCCCUACAUAAACAGUCACUGUCCAGCUGCUGGAGCGGCCAGGGAGCCCUGCUAAUGCUUAUGUACUAUCCACUCACUGUGCUCAGGCAUAUAGCUGUGUCUGCAGAUUUCUGAUUUCUCUGGAUUUGUUUUUGUGGUACCCCUUUUCAUAAUAUGGCAGACACAAAACCCCUUCACCAAACAAGAUUCGAAGCCGCUGUGAGCGUUAUCCAGAGCUUGCCCAAGAAUGGCUCUUUCCAGCCAUCCAAUGAAAUGAUGCUGAAAUUCUACAGUUUUUAUAAGCAAGCAACACAAGGACCAUGUAAUAUAGCAAGGCCUGGAUUCUGGGAUCCUAUUGGUAGAUACAAAUGGGAUGCCUGGAACUCUUUGGGUGACAUGUCUAAGGAAGAGGCUAUGAUUGCUUACGUUGAUGAAAUGAAAAAAAUCCUUGAAACCAUGCCAGUGACAGAGAAAGUGGAAGAAUUGCUCCAAGUCAUGGGUCCGUUUUAUGAAAUAGUGGAAGACAAAAAACACAGGCGAGGAUCUGUUGUAACAUCAGUACGACUGGACAAAGUUACUAAGUCCUUAGAAGACCUGAGCACUGCCCUGACUUCAACCCCUAACUUUAAGGCUGUGAACGGGAAGGCAGAGAGCAGUGACAGUGGUGCGGAGUCAGAAGAGGAGGAAGCUGAGAAGCAGCAGGAGGAGGAGGAAGAUGAUAAUGACGAAGAAGAAGAUGGAGAAACGGAGCAAAGUGAACAAGAGGAAAAGGCUAUGAAUGAGGAUUCAACACCCGAGCCAUGCCUGGAUGAAGCAAUUGCCAGUGGUUUACAUAUGAACCAUAGUGAAGAUAUUUCCGACAUUCCUAAUCACAUACCCACCAAGUCUAACCUUAAUGAGACUGUAGAUGAGGUGUAUGAAAAGCAAGAAAGCCCAGAGGUUGUUGCACCGAAUGACUUGGAAGAAAAUAAAGGAGAUGAUUGCACAGAGGAUAUUGCCACAAUGCAGCACCUGACGAGUGACUCAGACAGCGAGAUUUUUUGUGACUCUAUGGAGCAAUUUGGACAAGAUGAUGUAGAUCACAGUCAGCUGAUAAAAGAAGCAAUGCUGACUGAAAUCUUAGUUGGGGGAGAAGUGAAAGAUGGUGGAGAAGACGGUAAGGCGUCUGGCCGAACACCACAAAAAGAGAAGUCUGGGAAUGGAAAGGCUGACUACAACAGGAGAGGGAGAGCAUAUCGUACAAACGCUGUAGGAGAAGGAUCCCGAGGGGGGCAGAUGGGCAGUGGUGAAGGUGGUGGAGAGGGCUGGGGGUCAGAGAGAGGACCAAGUGGCAGCCUUAAUGAGCAGAUUGCUGUUGUACUAAUGCGGUUACAGGAGGACAUGCAGAACGUCCUGCAGAGGCUGCAAACAUUGGAGGCCCUUACUGCCUCACAGACAAAUUCAAUGCUGCUGGAAUCUAAGUUGCAUCAGUCUGCUAACAAGAAAUCAUCUUGGUGGCCCUUUGAGAGAUCAUCUGGCACCUUGGCUUUUGCGAUCGUUUGGCCAUUUAUUGCACAUUGGAUAAUACAUCUAUACCAACAAAGGAAGAGAAGGAAACCCUCCUGAUUCCUCGCUGGGAAGCUGCUCUGGUUCAGAAGGCCUACCUGGGACAUCCACUAAAUCUCCGAUUGAGGAUCGCAGUGUCUGGGAUUGUUCUUCAGUUUGCUCUAGUAAAUUCCUUGCACUACGUUAAUGGUAACUAAAUAAGGACUAAUUUUACUAAAGCUUGAUACGAGAAAUAUAUGCUAAGCUGGCUGUAGUAUUAAUGCGUUCUUUUAUCACACUUAAAUUCAUUUGGAACUAAAUUAUUUUUAAAUCUAUUGAAAGCAUGUUGUAGAUCAAUAUACUGUUGUGUGAGGGAACAAGGUAGGAGAAUAUCAUGGUUGUGAUUUAAAGCAAUAAACUCUGACUGUGAUGGACAAUGA